ACUAAAUUUAACAUCAAUUUCAGCAAAAUAAAUAUGUCUAGAAUUCUCAGUGUUCUCAUUGUGAUAUGUCUGUAUUCAAUCUAUGAUUCAAGAGAUUAUAACUAUUACACCAAACCAGUAUAUACCACCGUAAAACCAAAAUUCCCUGAGAUUGACAUUAAUCUGUACAAAGAUCUCGUUAGUGCUAGAACCCAACCAAUCGAUGUAGUGGCUCUGGUGGAAUUGGAAUACCGUUCACCAGCUGAUUUUGAAUGCGCGAUACAAAUCUCUUUCGGUUCCCUGUAUCAACUUAUCGAAAAAAACCCUCUAGGUCCUGAUGGAGCUAGAGUAGGAAUCGUGACAUAUAACAAAAAUGCUAACGUUCAAAUAGCACUGGAUGCAUCGACAUCUCUUACGAAUAUAUUUGUUAACCCCAAGGCUAUUUUCAAUGAUAAAACAAAGGAUUUGAAUGUCGACAAGGCCCUGUCACUCGCAUAUUCAAUGUUAAAAAAUUCUAGCAGGCCAUACUCUAUUAGGCAAAUAUGGGUUUAUAUAUCAGAGACAUCCAUAGGAUAUCCGGAGGCAACUGCGAAAUCAAUAAAAUAUAAUGGUAUUGAGAUAGAAGUCUUCGCUGUAGGUCCGAGAGUGAGUUACGAUCAAAUAAAUGCUAUCGCAUCUUCUCCCAAGCAUAUUAUAUUUUCUCAAGAAUAUUGCUCCUCCAAAGCUUCUCUCGUUAAUUUCGUCAAUGAGAAAUUUUUCGUUUGUGUCGAAUUGAUUGUGGAUAACGUUAUUCCUAAUAACAACCAGAGCACGGAUGUUAAUCACGGAAACAGAUGA